CAGUGUCCUCAUUUGUGAAAUGAAGGGAUAAGACUAGGUGACCUCUUCAGUCCCUUCUAGGUCCAAGGACUUGUUUAUAAUGUUAGUCCAUAUAUGGAGUAUCACCCAGGUGGGGAGGAUGAACUUAUGCGAGCAGCAGGCUCAGAUGGUACAGACCUUUUUGAUCAGGUACAUCGUUGGGUCAAUUAUGAAUCUAUGCUGAAAGAAUGUCUUGUUGGCAGAAUGGCUGUCAAGCCUGUUGUGCUUGCUAAAGAGAAUCAUGAGAAGAAACCUUUAAAUGGCAUACUUCUCAAAAGCAAAGUACCAGAUUUACCUGUCAAAGAAAUUUCUCCAAGCUAUGAUUGGUUCCAAACAGAAUCCUUAGUCACCAUUGUCAUAUAUACCAAACAGAAGGAUAUGGAUUCAGAGUCUGUAAUAGUUGACUAUCAAGAUGGUUGCUUUAGAGCAGAAAUUGUUGUCAACGAUUAUUCCUAUCUUCUACAUACUGAGUUGAGCCAUGAAAUUCAAGAGGACAUUACUGCACGUGUUACAGAAAAAACGGGUAAAGUAGAGAUUAUUCUGAAGAAAAAAAAUAAUGUCUCUUGGAAGUAUCUUGGACAUCCCCUGGAGAGUCAUAAUUCAUUUACUGCACACAGAGAAAAAGGGCUGUACUAUAGGAAGUGCAAGCUGAUUUCCAAGGUGGAUGUUACCCAUGAUACCAAACUUUACUGCUUAAUGAUGCCACCAGGUACUCAUCUUCAGGUGCCCAUUGGGCAACAUGUUUACCUCAAACAAACUAUUGCAGGUGCAGAAAUAGUGAAGCCGUAUACACCUGUAUUAGAAUCCUUACACUCAGAUUUAAGGGAACCACUUCAUCCUCAUAACAAAUAUAUCUAUGUAAUUAUCAAAAUCUAUCACACUGGACUCUUCACACCACAUUUUGAUUGUCUUCAAAUAGGGGAUUAUGUUUCUUUGAGUAAUCCUGAGGGCAACUUUAAAAAAUCUCAGCUCCAAGAUUUAGAAGAACUGUUCUUAUUGGCAGCUGGAACAGGCUUCACACCAAUGGUUAAAAUAUUGAAUUAUGCUUUGGCUAAUAUAACCAAUCUCAGGAAAGUGAAGCUGAUGUUUUUCAACAAGACGGAAGAAGAUAUCCUUUGGAGGAACCAGUUGGAGCAGUUAGCAGACAAGGAGAGAAGAUUUGAAGUUGAAUUUAUUCUCUCAGAGCCCACCUGUGAAUGGAUAGGCAAACAGGGAAGAAUUUCAUUACCUCUUCUUUCUAAGUUUGUGAAAAGAAGCUUGGAAAACUCUAGAGUCCUCAUCUGCAUUUGUGGGCCAGCACCCUUCACAGAACAAGGAAUAAGAUUGCUGAAGGAUCUUAACUUUUCCCAAGAAGAGGUCCAUAGUUUUACUGCAUAGUGAAGAGCUCCUGCAGGAUCUUGCCAAAUUUAUGUAGCUGUUUCUGAGUGCGUGGAUUUUUUUUUAAAGGAAACUUUUUUUUAUACACAUAAUAGAAGGUGCCUACAAGGCCAAUCUUAGGGUUUCUUCAGUGACAUGCAGCCGUCUCUUCAGUAACAACAUUUGUCAGACUUUGUCUUGGCAUCUUGACCGAUGUUACUACUGCUGUUCGCUUUUCAUCUGGGUAGUUCAUUCAUGGAGACAGUAUUUAUGGCUCUAGAUGAAAAAUGUUACAGAAUCACUUUUAAACGAUUCACUGUUCUACUGUAAGGCCCUAUUAUAAGUAUUUUAUGAUUCAUUAUGUGGUAAAUGGUCACUUUGAUCACAUUUCUAUGCUGUAAAAUGUCUUCUUAGCAAUACAGUCUGAAUUUUACAUUGCACUGUUAACUCAGGAAAUGAUCACUUAGGUUCUUGUUAUUAGUAUUAAACUAUGGAAUGUUAUGAUUUAUUAAAUGACCCAAACAAGUUUUUUUAUGUAUAUGACAUUGAUACAAAGUAGGAUAAAAUUAUAUGUAAGUAUUUUUUUAAUCCUUGUUGGAAAUGUGAUGAAUGUAGCAAGGGUGGACCUCUAGCUCUAAAAUCCAUUGUCCCUCUGUGUAUAACUUUAGAGCUGGAAGGGACCUUACAAGUCAUUAGAUCCAACCAUUUCAUUUAUAGAUGAGGAAACUGAGACACAGAGAAGUUAGAAGUAAAUCAUUCACCCAAGGUCACAAAGAUAGUUAGUAUAGGGCAGCUGGGUCUUAGACCGUAGGUAUCCCAACCCCGAGUUGAAAGUUGUAGCAUCUAAGAAGAAUUCAGGGAGAGGGAGCUGUUUAGAAUUUUGGAUAAACCUUUGUGGAAAUGCUUGGAUACAUGAGAAAAUAACCCAAGAUAAAUGAUAGUGAAAGAGGCAGGUGUCACUUCUUUAACCAAAAUAAAAAUAAAAAUCUGGGCACAUCAGUGCAGAGAAUGUGACUUUAAUCAGCCAGAAGAAAGCAUUUGAAAGGUUGUUCCAUUGGGGGAGUAGGGAGGGAAGGGAGAAUGCAGACUAGGAGUGAGUUAAGUUCUAAUACUUUAUUUUGAGACGGUUGGCUGUCUGAUUUUGUAAGGAACAUUGUGUAACUACUUUGUUCUUUGCUUGUCAUUCUUCCCUUACCUCACAGUGGGGAAAUUUCCUUAGUGGGGGUGUGAACAGUUUAUUCUUUCUCCUCACCAGUAUUAAAGACCUUCACCUGCCUCCAUGGAGGCGUGCAGAAAAGGGCUAGCAAGAUAGUUAAAAUGAAGUAAGUGCACAUGGAUGGGUGAUUUUAUUGAAUGGUGAGUAGUGAGGUCAAAUAGCUGAAGUGACUUGGAUUUUUUUCAGUUUCGCUUAGUAUAAUAUCAUCAUGUUGGAUAUUGUUUUCAUAGAGGUAAGGUAAAGUCUAACUUUAUUUUACAAAAUUUUGUAAUUAGAUAACCGAUCUUGUGGCCAGGAACCAUACCUCAUCCUCCCAAUCCCAAUUGAAAAACCCUAAAUUGAGGAGGGAUGGAAAUGAAUGAGAUUCUGAGUUCUGUUACUGAACUUGCCUCUAACUAGCUAUAUGAAAUGUGACUUACACUUCUUUGAACCUUAUUUUUCCUCAUCUAUAAAAUCAGUUUAUUUUUAAGGCCUCUUCUAGCUCUAAACUUUUAAGUUCAAAUUUUCUGAAGCACUUAAAAGUGUUCUGCAGUUCAGAAUGUCCAGAAAAGUCUUCCUCUACCUCUUUGUACCCCUCUGACUAAACUGAUUUCCCUUAAUUAAGCACCAGCAUUAAAAGAAAUAGUUGCUUAUUCA